AUGGGGAGAGGAAGGGUGGAGCUGAAGCGAAUCGAGAACAAGAUCAACAGGCAAGUGACCUUCUCCAAGAGGAGGAACGGUUUGCUCAAGAAGGCGUAUGAGCUCUCUGUGCUUUGCGAUGCCGAGGUCGGACUGAUCAUCUUCUCCAGCCGCGGAAAGCUUUACGAGUUCGGAAGCGCCGGUCUGAGCAAAACCCUCGAGAGGUACCAGAGGUGUUGUUACACCCCACAAGACAAUAGUGCCACUGAUCGUGAAACACAGAAUUGGUCUCAAGAAUUGUCAAAAUUGAAGGCAAAAUAUGAGACUCUACAACGAUCACAAAGACAUUUGCUUGGGGAAGACCUUGGACCUCUGAGUGUCAAGGAACUACAACAACUUGAACGACAACUUGAAGUCGCUCUUUCUCAGGCCAGGCAAAGAAAGACACAAAUAUUGAUGGAUCAAAUGGAAGAGCUUCGCAGGAAGGAGCGGCGCCUCGGAGACAUAAAUAAGCAGCUCAAGAGCAAGCUGGAGUCAGAUGGUCAAGGCUCUUUCAGAGGCAUUCAAGGGACAUGGGAAUCUGGCACUGUAGUUGGGAACAACGCAUUUGCUGUCAACCCUUCGCAUGCUAACCCCAUUGAUUGUGAACCUACCUUACAAAUUGGGUACCAUCACUUUGUUUCCCCUGAAUCAAUCCCUAGGACUGGGCCUGCUGAGAGUAACUUUGUUCAAGGUUGGGUCCUAUAAGGUGUUUUCCAGCAAUCACUAAUCAGAUCCCAUUGCUGGAUUGCAUAAUUGAAUAGAUAUGUAUACAGUUGUUAGUGAUGGGGUUCACAUGCUCUGUCUUGUCAUUGCGUGUUCCAUGUCAUGGUAAUUACUGAAGUUCUCGUCUAGCAUGGAACCAUUAUGCUAGUUAUUAUUCUAGUUAACAACUUCUAUUGUAUGAAUGCAAUAAUUCAGCAAACAAAGGAUGGAGUAACUCCAACGGCCAAAUUUGUAACUCCUAACUUAUUUUAAUUAGGUUGAUGCAAUUUGGGCAGCAAA